CUACUUUUAACAGCGGUCCUCAUUCUUAGGCCGCUGUUCGAGUACUUCCGGGAUUCUAGGAACCUCCGUCGAUUACCGAAUGCCUCGCCCAUAUCUGGGAUCACAAAUCUUUGGUUUGUGUUCCAAGCAUACAAAGGUCAGCGAUACUUCGCCUUGAUGGAAAAACAUCACAACCACCCGCAUGGACCUCGUCCAGUUCUACGCAUCGCCCCAAACCAUGUCUCUUUCACAGAUCCGCAAGCCAUUAAGGACAUCCAUGGCCAUGGUACCGUCAUGGAGAAGGGCGUGCACUACGACCUCGUCUGCGGUACACAUAGACACCUGGCCGAUGUCGUUGAUCGUUCUGAACAUCAGCGGAAGCGAAAGGUGAUGGCGGCAGCAUUUGCGCAGUCGAAUAUCGAGACUUACGAGCAUGUCUUGGCCAAGAAGAUGGGGCAUUUCCUCGCUCAGAUGGACAAGCUAUGCGCAGUACGGCCCAAAACAGGAUCCAGGCCGCCUCCUGAAGCACCUACAAUGGACUAUCGUCGAUGGGCGAUUCUAUAUACUCAAGAGGCUAUCUCCGCGCUGGGUUUCUCCGAGGACCUUGGGUUUCUGGAGAAGGGGGAUGACCUUACGACGGCGGAGCGAGCCGACGGAACCCUAUAUCAAGCACGAUAUAGGGAUGCAAUCGAAGGCGGGAUGCACAAAGCUAUGGUUUUGAUAGCAUUUCCAGAGUGGUACAAGGCUCUGGUAGCCUGGGCAUGUCUGCUCUUGCCUAGCUUUCGUAACUACAAAAAGCGGUCUCAAGGCUUCACAGAUAUUUGUCGGCAUAUCACGAGAAAAAGGAUUCGCAGACAGGCCAAUGGCGAACAGUUAUCGGAUAUCUUCACUGCGCUCCUUCAUUCCCGAAACGGACAGCCAAACAACUAUCCUUUUGGCGAGCUUUUUGCCGAGGCAAAUGUCAUUCUCAACGCAGGAAGCGACAGUACUGGCAUUGCGAUGACCAACACGAUAUAUUCACUGAUCGAGAACCCUCGGGCCUUGGCAAUCCUUCGCGAGGAGCUUGACGAAGCUUUGGGCUCCACGGACGUCGUCGCGCCAUACGGCAAGAUUAAGUAUUGCGCUUAUCUGCGAGCCGUCUUGGACGAGUCUAUGCGAAUGUAUGCACCAUCUCAAUUCAGUCUGCCACGUAAGACACCACCAGAAGGUGCCUCCAUCGCUGGCCACUGGAUCGCGGGAGAUACCCAAGUGACGACUCCGACUCACGCCAUACACAUGGACCCCAGUAUUUGGGGAGACCCGGAGACGUUCCGACCAGAGCGAUGGCUCGGUGAGGAGGGCAAGCUGCUGCAACGGCAUUUCCUAGUCUUCACUACUGGUCCGCGAGGGUGCAUAGGGAGAAACGUGACUUAUCUGGAGCAGUAUGUAAUGUUGGCUAGCUUUGUAAAGAGGUAUGAGUUCUGCUUGGAGGAUGAGAGCUUCACGCCCACUCGAUACGAAACGGCAGCGACGCUUAUUGACAAGCUGCCUCUGAAAAUUUGGAGGCGA